UGUCUUUUUGUUUUCGAUUUUUCUCUUAUUCCUUGUUUUCAAAACAGUCAUCUUUGCAGAGAAAAAAGUGGAAUUUUUCCUUAGUUUUGUUUCUAACAAAAGUGCAAUUGAAUAUAAAUAGAUCACAGCCAUGACCGUGGUAGAAUUCUUUGGUUGUUCAUUCUUGGCGUUCGGGCCACCGUUGGCCAUGUUCUCCCUUACGAUCGCUCACGACCCCAUCCGGAUCAUUAUACUGAUAGCAGCUUCCUUCUUUUGGCUGGUCUCGCUGCUGUUCUCUUCGACCGUCUGGUUCGCCGUAUAUCCUCUACGGGAUAAGAUCGUCUUUGGACUAAUAUGUUCCGUGUUUAUUCAGGAAGGAUUCCGUUAUCUGAUGUACAAGCUUCUGCGAAAAACCGAACGAGGUCUACAGGAAGUGACCGAAAUAGUGCGCAUCUCCGAUUAUAAACACAUCCUGUCGUACGUCUGUGGCAUGGGAUUCGGUAUCAUUAGCGGUGCCUUUUCCCUGGUAAACAUUCUGGCCGAUUCGGUGGGUCCGGCCACGGUGGGGCUGAAAACCGGAUCGAACAUCUUCAUCGUGAUCAGUGCGGCUCAGUCGCUGUGCAUGAUUCUGCUGCAUACGUUUUGGAGUGUGAUAUUUUUCAAUGCUUGUGAUCUGAAAAACUACUAUCACAUGGGGUAUGUCGUGCUGAGCCACUUGUUUGUAUCCUGCAUAACGUUACUCAAUAGUCAGGACUUGUUUGCCGUUUCGCUGACGGCAUCCUACAUCGUGAUGCUGGUUACAUGCGUAAUUGCUUUCCGAGUGGUGGGUGGAAAUUUGACUUCUUUUAAGAAAUUUAUUACUUGUAAGUAGAAUCAGUAAAAAUAUCUCAAACUAUCGACUCAUAUUUCCAAUAACUACUUAUUUUUAUACUAAUGCGAAACAUGUUAUUAAAAAUGUAAUACACCAACGAUCUCAAA